UAUAAAUUACCUAAAUUAAUUGCAUUAAUGGAUUGAUGAUCAUAUAGGAUUGAGUUUUUUCUGAUAGCUCUGCAACUCUUUGGCUUUCCUUAAUCCUCCGGAUUAGCCCCUUGAGAUCAUUGAAGUCAACUCUUUGCGGCUUCUCCUUUUUGUGAUUCUGAAACUGCUCCGAGGGGAAUGGGUUCACCUACGCGCAGCUCAAACAGCAGAAGAGGAAAUGAAAUGAUGAGGCUUCUUGUGACAACCAUUGUCGGAGUUGUGAUUGGUAUUUUCUUAGGCGUAUCGUUUCCUACACUUUCAUUGACCAAGGCAAGGGAGUUACUUUGGCUUUUGAAUUUAAUAAGAUACAUAACUAUUUAAUCGGGGUGGAUCUUUAAGAUGUAGAAUCAAUGUCUGUUCUGAAUUCUUACUGUAUUUGAAGAGCAAAUGCACACACACAUAUGCGAAAAACACUCACUGCUAAGUGCUCUCCUGAUUUAAUGCCUCAUUUUCACAUUUGUGUAAGAGCUGAUAAGAUGAUCUGCUUGUGUAUUUCAAUAUUGCAGCUGAACUUACCUUCUAAUCUUUUUGGGUUAAUUAAUCUCACUUACAUUGAGGAGAAGUAUUCAGGCCUCUCAGCGCAAGAUCUAUUAAAUGUCUUGUCUUCCCUUAAGAAAUACAGAGGCCAUUCACACGGCCACAAGCAUUCCGACACAAAGAUUUGGGUUCCAUCAAACCCUCGAGGUGCUGAGAGGCUACCAGCGGAUAUCAUUGCAUCUGAGUCUGAUCUUUAUGCUCGAAGGUUGUGGGGCCUACCCCGUGAGGACUUGAUUAUCAAACCUAGGUAUCUUGUUUGCUUUACAGUUGGCUACGAGCAGAAAAAUAACAUAGACGCGGCAGUGAAAAAGUUUUCAGAGAAUUUUACUUUCAUGUUGUUUCACUAUGAUGGUCGAACAAGUGAAUGGGAUGACCUUGAGUGGUCAAAGCGGGCUAUCCAUGUUAGUACACGAAAGCAAACUAAAUGGUGGUAUGCAAAACGCUUUCUGCAUCCGGAUAUUGUAGCAUCCUAUGACUAUAUAUUUAUCUGGGAUGAAGACUUGGGGCUUGAGAAUUUUGAUGCAGAGGAAUAUAUAAAGUUGGUAAAGCAACAUGGGUUGGAUAUCUCACAGCCUGGUGUAGCAUCAAAUAGUGAGUUGUCAUGGCGGAUGACAAAAAGACGAAAUGACACUGACGUCCACAAGGAAACAGAGGAAAGACCUGGCUGGUGCACUGAUCCACACUUGCCACCAUGUUCAGGAUUUGUGGAGAUCAUGGCACCUGUUUUCUCUAGAGAUGCAUGGCGGUGUGUUUGGUAUAUGAUCCAGAAUGAUUUGGUCCAUGGAUGGGGUCUCGAUUUAGCUCUCAGGAAAUGUGUGGAACCAGCCCAUGAAAAGAUAGGAGUGGUAGAUUCUCAGUGGAUUGUUCAUCAAACUGUCCCUUCACUCGGGAACCAGGGACAAGCAGAGAAGGGUAAAGCACCAUGGGAAGGGGUAAGAGAAAGGUGUAAGAAAGAGUGGGCAAUGUUCAAGGAGCGUAUGGCUGGUGCAGAGAAAGAUUAUUACUACAAGACAAAGGGAAUUGAUCCCCCUAAUUCUACAUCUCAUUAGGUGCAAUCUAUUGCUGGACAAUAUACUAUAUACAAUUGAGUGAGCUGUUGAAAGUACAUUAUCAUGCAACAAUGAUUUUGUAACGGGAGAUUUAAUUUUGUAAAUCUUUAUAAAUUUGUUUUUAAUUUUA